GAAAAAAAAAAAAAAAACUUUGUUUCCUUGCAUUCUAGUUCAGGGUAUCGUAACCGCUCUUCUUCCCUCUUCAUACAAACUCAAGCAACAUACUCACUUUUGUCUCCUAUCUCUCUCUCUUGUCUUUCCUAACUGUCAUGGAUUUAGAUUCCUCACAACCCACUGUUCUUUAGUCAAAUUUUCCUCUCAACCAGACAAACAAAAACCUUAUUUUCUGUCUGUUUGCCUUUUGAUUUUGUUUCAGUCGAAAGAGCGGAGAAUUUUUCUCUGUUCUAUCGAUCAAUGGUGUAUCAUUCAAUCUCUGAAAGAAGAAAGAACUCAAACAAGAGCAAGACUGGAACUGUUAUGGCUUCUUCUUCGACAUUGAAAUCUCAACCUCUGCAUAACUUUCAAUUACAUGACCUUAAAUGGGCCAUGAACCACACUAACAACCACCGCCUUCGGAAGCUCUCCGAUUCCUCUCACAAAUCUCCUCAACGCGGCGACACUGAUUCUGACUCUGAUAAUAAUCGGAGGGGGAAUCCAGUAUGCGACGCUCCUGCAAAGAACGGAGCUUCUUCAGGUUCUUCUCCUGAUCAUAGAACUGAAAAAUCGGAGAAGAAAGUUAUCAACGGUUCUGAUGUUUGGUUUGUUAGUUAUUCCGAGAAGAAAGCUACUCCACCGGACGGUAGAUCGAAGAUCUACUUACGUUUGCGAGCGAGGAAUCAGAAGUCUGCUGACGAGGUUGCGGAUGUAGGAGAUCAGAACUUGAAUGCUGAAGAAGUUGAAGAAUUGGUUCCCAAAACGUGGAAUCUGAGGCCUAGGAAGCCGAUUUCUAAGCCUCCAAAUCAAAAUGGAGGCGUCCCGAAGAUCGGAGCUUCGGCGCACGAGAACCAAACUCAUAGGCCGGAAUCGACCCGGUCUGGGAAUGUAACAGAACACAAAGCGGCUGAGAAGAAGGAGAAGAAACAGAAAUUCUCGAUUUCGCUUUCUAGAGAAGAAAUUGAUGAUGAUAUCUUUGCUAUGACCGGGUCAAAGGCCUCUAGAAGGCCAAAGAAGCGAGCCAAGAAUGUUCAGAAACAACUCGAUUUCGUGUUUCCGGGAUUGUGGUUAGCUUCGAUAACGCCUGACUGCUACAGAGUCCCAGAGGCUCCUAUAAAGGGUUAGAUGGGACUGCUGCUAAAGCUGUGAAUUUGGAGGGUGGGGAUAAGGGUGACUGCUAAACUUUUUUUUUUUUGCUGCUCUAGAAUGAGCUUGUAGAGAUGAAAGGGUAACAAAUGUAUCUUGUUUUUGUGCCUUUUUCUUUAAUCCAUGACGAAGUUAGAAGGAUGGCGGGAGACAGUAAUAUUAUGAAUCUUGUUAUGAGUAGUUACAGAUUGUAAAUAUGACUUACCAGUUUCAAAAACAGGGGUUUAACCGUUUCAGUUUAUGUAAAAGGAAAUCGUUUUUCAGGAGAUCUUUUAGAUCCUUAGGUUAUCAGUACUUGUUAGUUGUUCAUGGAACUGGUUUAAAUGUUAGAGCGUAAUAACUGUUUAUUGAUCCAGAAAGUUUGGGAUGCAUACUUGUGUUUGAUGAGCAUGUGUUUUUUGUUUCUAUUUUGUUCUUUCUAGUAUGCACGAGUUGGAUAAAAUGUACUGAUUUACUGGUGGUUGAUGGAUUGGAUCAGUAAUUAACGGAUAGUAGUUAUGAGCACACAUUAGUUGUUGAUGGAUUAAGUAGAUAUGAGCGCUUGUUAGUAAUUAACAGAUUGAGUAGUUCUGAGCAUGUGUUAGUAAUUAAAUAAAUUAAGUGGAUAUGAGAAUGCUUUAGUAAUUAACGGAUUGUGUAGUUCUGAGCACGUGUUAGUAAUUAACGGAUUAAGUACUUCUGAGCACAUGAACAUGUUUUUGCUACUUUCUGUUAUGUUAAGAAUACAGAGUGCUGGACAAGAAUAUAAUUUAUGGAAUCCAUAUAUGGUUGGGACAUACUUUUAUGAUUGAUUUGCAACAAUGGGAUCUCUAAGUUCUUUUUCGCUUCUUAAAUGUACAUUUGUCAAAGAAAAAAAGGUUAGUGUACCGUUUCAAUUUAUUUAGUAAAGUGUCAUUCUUUAAUGAAAGUAAGUUGUUUUAUUUGUUCUUUCUGUUUUAUCCCUAGAUAGUGUAAGUGACAAACAUGUGUUUUGGCCAUUCAAGGCAAGACGUGUGCCUAUGAGCACGAUGAAACGGUUGAGUGAUACACCCUAUAGUUGGCUUGCAUGCAGUGUAUCUUUACAUUCUUACAUGCUAUUAGAAAGCAAACUAGCGAGAUGAAAAACAGUUAGUUCACUGGCUCUUGAUUGGUUUGAGAUGAAGUUCAACCGUUAAAUGAAUCAAAAAGUUUUGUCUUGUGCAUCUUUCUUGUUUGAAAAGAUUAUGAGCUAGAUGCAUCACCAUUAUUUCUAUAUGACACAUCUGAUUGAUCAGCAAGACUUACAUGUCACAGAAGCUGUGCAUUGUGUGAUUGAGUUACAUCUUUUAGCACUGAGUUUACUCUUGCUUUGAGAAUUGCAUUUGUAAAAAGUAAAAGUGGUCAGUUUAUCACUAUUGAAUAGAUUUAAGAAAAAUGCCAAUCUCUAAUAGUUUUUCUUGUUUAUCUUCCCAAUUUGAAAGUGUUUGAGUGAAUGGAUGCGGCAGCAACUGUUUACACACAGAUAUGUGUUUCUGAUCAGGUAGAGAAGUCAGAGCAGAUUGUAUGUAUGGAAGUCAGCAAGCUGAAUAAUCAGGCUAAUGGUCUUAUGAAAAUAUUGGCAUUCUUUAAUUAAGUAGUUUUUCCUGUUUGCCUUUCCUGUUUGAAGUGUAUGAGGAAUUUGUUUGUGUUAUUUUUAAUGGCAAGAUGUGAAUGACUGAAUAGGCUGGAAUUUCAUGGAAUAUAUCAGUGUUGGAGCCUUAAGAGUUGGGUUAUUGUGAUUGACCUCCAUGCUUUAUAUUUGUGUCUAAAUUUUCCCUCUAAAGAAAAACUGCUUUUGGUCACCUCAUGACAAGCUUCAGUCUUACUGAAGUAGUUUUGUUUUGCUUAUUAGUAGAAUUAUUGCAAUUAGAGAGACUGUGAAGGAAAUAAUGAUAGGUUUGAGUAGGUUAAUUUUUCUAUUCAUUGCCAAUAUGAUUGCAUCAAUAUGUGUAAAUACUAGUUAAACUUGAAAAACUAAAUUCUCCUGUUAGAGUCUUAUCUCUGUCAUACAAAUGAUUUUCAUUUUUAGCAAUAUGAUAUGCAACUAAUAUCACUUGAUAGGAGUUUAAAAUAAAAAUGUGUUUAUCAUGCAAUUAGAUUGUCCAAAGAACUAAUCAUCUCUAUAUUUGACAUUAUUUAACAUUUUUUUGGUUAACCACAGUACAUAUUAGAGGUGCCUGUGCAUCUAUUCUUUGCUUUUGAGAAGGGUGCAAGAGAAUAUCAAAGUAUAUAUAGUAUUUACAAUGAUUGCUGAAAGCUUAUAUAGCAUAUAUAGUGAACGGUAAAAGCAUAUAUAGCGUCCUUAGCAUUCAUGAAUUUCGUUUUAUAUAUUUGGAAACUCUAUAAAUCUCAAAUCUUGCUAUAACCACUUUCUCUGAAACAUUAACCAUUUCACCAUAGUACAUAUAUCAAAUGGGAUAUAGUACUCUUUUUGGCUGGAGGUUUUAAUUUUUAAAUUUAUCUGAUUUGCUAUUACUCUGUAAUAGAGUAUGGGCCUUAAAUUUGUUAGAAUGUGCUUCUUCUGGGAUAUAUGAUGUUAUCUAUUAUUUAAUAUUUCUACUGGAAAUAUCUGGCAAGUUAGGACUGAAUAUGCAUCUGAUUGGGAACAUUGGUUACAAAGCUGCUUCAGGUUAGAUGCUCAGAUCAUGUGGAAGGAAGAAAAUAAAGUGCCAUAAUUUCAUGAUUUUUACUGUGUUUUGAUUUCUAGUUCAGUGUUUCAUAGAAAAUACUUGGUUGUUCUGUUUAAUGCUUCAGCCUAAUUGAAAGGCUAUGUAAUUACCCCCAGGGCUGUCACUAUCUAGAAAAUGUUUCAUGAGCACACAUUCUUUGAAAGACAACAUGACAGUUUGCAGCAGAUCAAGUUUGACUAUAAUGUUGUCAGACCAAGGGAGACUCUGAACUGGAUAAUUUUUGUCAUGGAGAUGUGCAAACUCAAAACUUCUCCAUGCUCCUAGGUUAUAUCACCUGGCUGGUUCCCAGCAAAGAACUGACAACUAAGCAAACCCUGUUCUGGAUUUUGUAGAGAGCUUGAAGUUCGUAGAUUUGAUGCUGAACUUGAAGGGGGCGUUCUGGUAUUGGAUCGUCUCUGUAAUCCAGUGACACCAUACAAAUGAAAACGGCUGCAGUUAAGAACCAGAUGAAAAUGGCUCCCAGCACACUCCAUUAAGGAUCUGCAGACUACAAAUGUAGCUUGCUGUCCUACGUGUUAUUGAGGGAUUUAAUAUGUUUCAUUGUAUUUCAUCCUGCACAAGUUUUGAAAGUGGCAAUUUUUACAAAAUUCUAUCAUCGUGAAACUUGGAGUAUUGACAUUGAGAUAAUGCUGCUUUUUGACAAUGACGGGAGUAGUGUGCCUGGUAACGUACUUCAUCUUUGUAGCCAAGGCCUGGCUGCCUAGCAACCAAUUUCACUUGUUGCAUGUGCAUUGGCCAAAUUUUAA